AUGCCUGCUAUUAAAUCUUGGGCCGAAACAAAAAAGGUAAACUAUUUCAAAAUCACUCCACAAUUCCGAUUACCAUAUGCAUUUGUUUUCAGAAAAACAGUCGAAAAUGAUGUUCAAAAUCGAAUGGAAAUCGAGGGUGCCGCCGCCAAAGCCGAAACUUCCAACUCCCAAUUUAGCGCCUAUGAGAGUUAGUUUGUUUUCACUCAAAAAAUUGAAAAAUUCGCAAAAAAUUGUAAUAUUUAUAAGAUCUAAAAAUUAUUCAAAAAUUUUCAUAGAAAAAAAAGAAUCAGAAAAUUAAUUUUUUGAUUAAUUUUUCAAAUUUCCGAUUUUUGAAAUCAAAAAAUUGAAAAAUUCGCAACAAAUUAUAAUAUUUAUAAGAUCUAUAAAUUAUUCAAAAUUUUCAUAGAAAAAAAGAAUCAGAAAAUUAAUUUUUUUGAUUAAUUUUUCAAAUUUCCGAUUUUUGAAAUCAAAAAAUUGAAAAAUUCGCAAAAAAUUAUAAUAUUUAUAAGAUCUAUAAAUUAUUCAAAAAUUUUCAUAGAAAAAAAGAAUCAGAAAAUUAAUUUUUUGAUUAAUUUUUCAAAUUUCCGAUUUUUGAAUCAAAAAUGAACAUUUUUUUGCAGAUUCCCUUGAAAAGAAACGCGAAAGCAAACUUGAAGUAUUCAAAAGCUGGAAUUGAAAUAUUGGACGUAGAAAGAAAGAAUGAAAUGAACAUAUUGAGGAAGAUGAGGAGAAAAUUGUUGAAAAUGAUGAUAUUUUCAAGAGUUUUGAUUGAAGAAGAUAAACAAGCGGAAGAAGUACAAUUGCAAAUAAUGAAAAUGAAGUAUGUUGAAAGAUUGUAGCGAGUCAAGUUCUUCGAAAACUUUGGUGUCUAAAAAAGAGUAUCUUCCAGUACAAUUAACGAAUGCAGUGUUUUUGGGAUGUUGAAAAUGAAUUUUGAUGCGAGAUGAAUAUGAGGUGAUUAACAAUUCUGUUUAAAUCCUGAAGAGAGAUAAAAAACUAAUAUUUAUAGGAUCUAGAAUAAUUUCAAAAAGGUGACGAAUCAUAUGAAACCUAUCAGCGUCGAACAAUAUUUGGAAAUGGCUGAUGCUGAGACAAAAUUUCGAAAAAUAUUUAUAAACAAUUUGCUUUUCAAACAGCUCUGGUAGCCAUCAAUAUAAGUUCAAUAUCAUAAACCCUAAAGCAUAUUUUCAGUUCAACUACACCGUACAUCGCAACCGACAAAUCGCAACAGGGUCAACUCCUAGAAGUACGAAAAUGAAGCAGGUGAGUUUUUUGGGGAUUAGAGCAUAGGUCUAAGAUACCGUCCAAGCGAAUUUCGAAUUUUUCAAUCAAAAAAUUGAACAAUUCUUUUGAAAAUAUAAUAUUUAUAGGAUCUAAAAAUUAAUUCAAAAAUUUUCAUAGAACAAUUAAGAAUGAGAAAAUGAAUUUUUUGAUUAAUUUUUCCAAAAUUUCGAAUUUUUCAAUCAAAAAAUUGAACAAUUCUUUUGAAAAUAUAAUAUUUAUAGGAUCUAAAAAUUAAUCAAAAAUUAUCCAUAGAACAAAGAAUGAGAAAAUGAAUUUUUUGAUUAAUUUUUCAAAAUUUCGAAUUUUUCAAUCAAAAAAUUGAACAAUUCUUUUGAAAAUAUAAUAUUUAUAGGAUCUAAAAAAUUAAUCAAAAAUUUUCAUAGAACAAAGAAUGAGAAAAUGAAUUUUUUGAUUAAUUUUUUCAAAAUUUCGAAUUUUUCAAUCAAAAAAUUGAACAAUUCUUUUGAAAAAUAUAAUAUUUAUAGGAUCUAAAAAUUAAUCAAAAAUUAUCAUAGAACAAAGAAUGAGAAAAUGAAUUUUUUGAUUAAUUUUUCAAAAUUUCGAAUUUUUCAAUCAAAAAAUUGAAAAAAUUCUUUUGAAAAUAUAAUAUUUAUAGGAUCUAAAAAUUAAUCAAAAAUUUUCAUAGAACAAAGAAUGAGAAAAUGAAUUUUUUGAUUAAUUUUUCAAAAUUUCGAAUUUUUCAAUCAAAAAAUUGAAAAAUUCUUUUAAAAAUAUAAUAUUUAUAGGAUCUAAAAAUUAAUCAAACAUUUAAUAGAACAAAGAAUGAGAAAAUUAAUUUUUUGAUUAAUUUUCAAAAUUUCGAAUUUUUCAAUCAAAAAAUUGAAAAAAUUCUUUUAAAAAAUAUAAUAUUUAUAGGAUCUAAAAAUUAAUCAAACAUUUAAAAAAAAACAAAGAAUGAGAAAAAUUAAUUUUUUGAUUAAUUUUUCAAAAUUUCGAAUUUUUCAAUCAAAAAAUUGAAAAAUUCUUUUAAAAAUAUAAUAUUUAUAGGAUCUAAAAAUUAAUCAAACAUUUAAAAGAACAAAGAAUGAGAAAAUGAAUUUUUUGAUUAAUUUUUCAAAAUUUCGAAUUUUUCAAUCAAAAAAUUGAAAAAUUCUUUUAAAAAUAUAAUAUUUAUAGGAUCUAAAAAUUAAUCAAACAUUUAAAAAAAAAGAAUGAGAAAAUUAAUUUUUUGAUUAAUUUUUCAAAAUUUCGAAUUUUUCAAUCAAAAAAUUGAAAAAUUCUUUUUAAAAAUAUAAUAUUUAUAGGAUCUAAAAAUUAAUCAAACAUUUAAAAAAAAAAGAAUGAGAAAAUUAAUUUUUUGAUUAAUUUUCAAAAUUUCGAAUUUUUCAAUCAAAAAAUUGAAAAAUUCUUUUAAAAAAAUAUAAUAUUUAUAGGAUCUAAAAAUUAAUCAAACAUUUAAAAAAAAAAGAAUGAGAAAAUUAAUUUUUUGAUUAAUUUUUCAAAUUUUCAAACUAUGAAAUCAAAAAAUUGAAAAAUUCUUUUAAAAAUAUAAUAUUUAUAGGAUCUAAAAAUUAAUCAAACAUUUUUUUUAAAAAAAAGAAUCAGAAAAUUAAUUCCUAAUUUAUAUUUCAAAUUUUCAAACUAUGAAAUCAAAAAAUUGAAAAAUUCUUUUAAAAAUAUAAUAUUUAUAGGAUCUAAAAAUUAAUGUAACAUUUUUAUUUAAAAAAAGAAUCAGAAAACUAAGUUUUUGAUUACUUUUUCAAAUUUUCGAAUUUUUCAAUCAAAAAUUAACUUUUUUUUUUGAAUCGCAGGCCAAGUAUACAUUUAUGUAUACCGGAAAUGAUGAAGUGAUUGUGGUGACACCGGUUAUGAAAAUCGCUGUCAAUAUUUUUCCUGUCCUUGUUCACAAGAAAUGGGACAAUUAUUUUGCAUCAAAGUUCACAAAACUUCAAAAAGAUGUCAUUUAUGAUAUUUUGGAUGAGGUAAACUUCAAUUUAUUUCAAACGAAAACUGGACACAUUAUUUCAGGUUGACCAACAUGAUGAUUAUCAUCUUAUUUUUACUGGACCGGUUGUUCACGAAUCAACAGCAACAUAUUGUCCAUAUGCAAAUGAUUAUACGAAUACAAUGACCGGUAAUUAUUUUUGAAAAUAUUUUCUCACAAAAUGAAAUGUGUUUUCAGAAGUAUUUUUGGAUGCUUGUCCCUGUAGAUUCUCUUCAGAAGAAGAAAAGAAACAACAUCGGGAUGAAAUAAAAAUUGCUGUAAACACGUUCACUUCAUCGUAUUAGUGAGUUUUUUUGGGUCAGUAUUAAUCAAAUUUUUUAAAUGAUACUUCCAAACUCCAAAAGUGCAAAACAUUCGAAAAUCAUACUUUGAAAAAAAGUUACAUUAGUUGAAAUGUUUCAAAAUUCACCUUCAAAUAUUUCCAGUCAAAAAAAACGAGAUGAUGCGAUUGAAAAGGAUAAAGAAAAGCAGAGAGAAAUUGAUGAGAUGUUGAUUAGUGUGAAAGGAGAAGCUGCCGGGAAAAAAAAGAUGGAUAGAUUGAGAAAACGACGAACUGUUAUGGGUGAACCGGAUGAGUUUUGA